UUCUGCCCUGGAGCGGCAGGCAGCGCUCCCGGUGCUCCCGAUCCCCCCUCCCGGGGCUCCGCCAUCGACACCGCCUCAUUAAUUUAAUUAAUUAAUGAGCGGCCUCCAGCGCUGGAGAGCGCCGCUGGAAAAGCCAGGCCGGGACUUUUCCCGAAAUCCCCAAAAAUUCCGGGCUCGGCAGGAGGGAAGAUCCCGGGAGGGAGGAGAAGAUGGCGUGGGAUCCCAGCUGGGAAUUUUUGGGAUUUUCCUGCCUCGUCCUGCUCCGAUCCCGACUUUCCCUGGCGCAGCUGAUCGAGGCCACCACGGCGCCUCCCAAGAAGAAGCCGGACCCGGUGACGUCGGAGACGGUGGUGAUCUGGGGGCUGCGCCUCUGGCAGGUGGUCGGCAUCUUCGCCCUCUUCGUCCUCUCCAUCAUUAUCACCCUGUGCUGCAUCUUCAAGUGCCGGAUCCCGCGCACGCGGAAGGAGAUCGAGGCGCGCUACGCCCAGCGCCAGGCGGCCAAGAACUACGCCGACAAGCUGGACACCGUGCCGCCCCUGGGCGAGCUCACCGAGAUCCCCGGAGCUCAGGUUGCAGAAGAAAAAAAAGAGGAAGAAGUUCCCACUGUGUCCGGAAAAGUGGACAAGGCUCAGGGAAAGAAGGAUGGAUCCAAAGGCUCCAAGAAAAAGGACGGGGAGAAGGAGCAGAAGGAAGAAUCCAAGAAGGAAGGGAAGGACGGAGCCAAAAAAAAAGACGGAGAAAAGGGGGAGAAAGGGGAAAAAGGAGGAAAAGAGGAAAAAGGAGGGAAAGGCGAAAAGGGGGAAAAGGAAAAGGGGGAAAAGGGAAAGGACACAAACGACAAGAAACAAGGGAAAAAGGGGGAAAAAGAAGGCGAAGCUGGAAAAUCCGGAGGCGCCAAAACCGAUGGAAAAGCCGGUGGGAAUUCCAAAGCUCCGGCAAAGAAGAAGUGACCUCCUGGAAGGACGGUGCUGGAAUAUUUUUGGGAAUGCUCCAGCAAAUUGCUGGGGGAGGAGCACUUGGAGCAGGAUGUGCUUUUCCAGAUAUUCCUGUGGGAUGCCUUUGGAUGCGUGGAUUUCUUCCCAUUUGGAGAUGGAGCCGCCAGGAUUCGGCUCUGCGAAGGGAAACUGGGAAUUUGGAUGGGUGAUCAAGGAAAAUAUCCAGUGGGAAUGGAAAGGGAUGGAACUGACCUGAAAGCUGGAGUGGGACUGAGGACUUUGGAUAAACAUGGGAAUGCUCAGGGAUGAGGAUCCAAACUAAAGGAGAAUGGAAUUCAUCCUGAAUUUCUUCUCCUGGAGGACCUGGAGAAGUUGGAGAAAGAUUUCCUGGCACUCAGCACCUCCUUGUGGGGAAUUUUAGGGAUUAUGUAAGUUCCGGGAAAAUCCCAAAGGAUGGAGUUCUCCAAGGUGUGGGUCCUGUGGAUUCCAAGAGGUUUUUGGACACAUGGGAAUUUUUCCUUCCUUCUCUGAUGCCUCUUUUCCUGGAUUGCUGCAGGAAACACCAGGAAUUCCAUCUUUUCCAGCAGAUUUAUCCACAUUUUCCCAUUUUUUUGCUGAGGAAAGCCAGUUCUGAGACCAGGAAUUCUGCUCCACUUCCAUGUGGCUGCUAUUCCCACCCUUCCUGGGAAUUCCUGAGGAGUGGAUUUAUCAGGAGCAGCAUUUUCCAGCUGCAUUGGGAAUAUUCCAGCAAUUUCUGCCUUAAAGUUUCGAGCUGGGGGGAUUUAGCUCCAGAUUUUUUUGGCGAUAGUGUGGAAAAUCUUGGGAUAAUUAAAACUCAGGAUAUCCUGGAACUGUCUGCUCCACAGGGAGAAUUCCCUCCAAUCCUUUAUCCCCAGGAACGGGAUUUAUUUUCUAUUUCACUGAUAGAAAUUAUUCAUUUUCCUGCUGUUUUUUCAACCCGGAUUUAUCAGUGCCAAGAUAUUUCCCAUUUUCCCCCCUUUUCCUUAUCCCAAUUUUCCUUUCCCUUCUCUCCCACCCAACUCAUCCUGGUGGGAAACGAGCCUGGAAAAAUGAAGGGACUUUUCUGUCUGAGUGAGAUCGCUCAGCUCCAAGAACUCCCAAAAUUCCAGAGCACCUGAAAAGGUGGAAAACUUAAGGAGAGACGUUGGGAGUGAUGCCCAGAACCACGGGAAUGUUUGGGAAGAGAAUGAUCCAGGGAAACCUGGAAUUCCAAUGUUGGGAACUCUGCCCCUGGAUGCAGAGGAGCCCUAAAUCUCCAUCCUUGGAAUGGCACCGAUGGAAAAGUGGGAAUAUGGAUACAAAGAUUGGAUUUCUUUGGAAUUUCCAUCCCAAUCCAAAUUUUUCAAGGCCUGUUUAAUCAGGAAUCAUGACAAUAUAAAAGAUUUUUCCAUUGGAUUCAGGCUUUGCUCCCUGGGAUCUGCCGGAUCCAUGGGGAUUUUGGCAAGGGAUAUUUAUGCCUUAAAAACUCCAGGAUGGGAUCCAGCUGGGAUUGGGGCAGGAAAACUCGGAUUCCCUGUCCUGCAGUUGGAAUUGCGCUGGAAAUUUGGGAUGUGGCUCCAUUUGGAGAGGGAGAGGAGCAGAUUUAUUUCCAAUCCAAAGGCUUCCAGGAGGAAAAUCCACUCCUUUUCUUUUCCAUGGAAUUCCUUCUCCCUCAUCCAAACUUCCAUCCCUAUCUUGUUAAAAAUAAUCAAAAUCCAAAAUAAAAUAUUCAUUGGAA